AUGGCCUCCGAAUCGUCCCUACAAGCCGAAGUAAAUCGACUUCGCCUGCAAGUCGAACACCUCCAAGUUAAAGAUGGCUCGGAACCCGUCUACAUUGGCCAAUAUCUACUCACUAGAUUGGAGCAGCUCAAAGUAACAAAAAUGUUUGGCGUGCCUGGAGACUUCAAUCUCGGAUUCCUUGAUCUGGUUGAGGACCAUCCUACAAUCGACUGGGUCGGCAAUUGCAAUGAACUUAAUGCCUCUUAUGCCGCCGAUGGGUAUGCUCGCGUGAAGGAACACUCUUUGGGCGUCGUUUUGACUACUUUUGGAGUCGGCGAGCUGAGCGCGACCAAUGGCAUUGCUGGCGCUUUCUCUGAGAUGGUCCCCGUGCUCCAUAUCGCAGGUGUGCCCAGCAUGGCCCAGCAAAAGACGAAGCCGAUGUUACAUCAUACACUCGGGGAUGGACGCUAUGACGCCUACAUCAAGGCCGCCGAAAACUUCUCCAUCUCGCAAGCCAUCCUCACCAGCAAAGAAAACGCGGCAGCGGAAAUCGACCGCGUGUUGACCGACUGCAUUACCCGCGCCCGCCCAGUCUACCUCACACUGCCAACAAAUCUGGUCUACGAGAAAAUAUCGUCUGCCCGGCUCAAGAUACCGCUCUCCCGCUUGCCGCCGCCCAAUGACCCUGAUGUCCAGACCUUCGUGAUUGACGAAAUCGUGAAGCUCGUUCAGGAGGCUGACGACGACGUUGUUGUCCUGGUCGACGCUUGUGCGAUCCGCCAUGAUGUCCGUGAAGAGGUGAACGAGCUGAUCAAGAAAACCGGUUUCCCGGUCUACUCCGCUCCGAUGGGCAAAACCUCCGUCUCUGAAAACUACGAACGAUAUGGUGGUAUCUACGUCGGUUCAAUCAGCCACCCUGAGAUCAAAGAAAAGGUCGAAUCCGCCAAACUCAUUCUCUCCAUCGGAUGCUUGAAGAGCGAUUUCAACACCGGAAACUUCACGUACUCGAUACCUACUCCUCGCACCGUUGAGUUCCACUCAGAUCAUACGAAAGUGCAGUUUGCUGCCUUUGGUGGUAUCGGGAUGAAGGAGCUGCUACCCCAACUAACCUCCCGGCUACAACCCGCCAAGCGCCAGGUUGCUGUUCCUCCCUUCACUGCCGUUCUUCCACAAGAAAACAACGACAUCAUCAGUCAGGCGUGGUUCUGGCCACGCAUGGGUCAGUUCUUCAAACCCAAAGAUGUCAUACUUGCCGAGACGGGAACGUCGAGCUUUGGUAUCUUGGAUGUUCCAUUACCCGAAAACUCUGUCUUCCUGGCGCAAAUUCUGUGGGGCUCGAUUGGUUGGACCACCGGAGCCACACUCGGUGCCGCAUUUGCUGCCCAAGAUGUCGGCCUUGGGCGGACUAUUCUCUUCAUCGGCGAUGGCUCGCUGCAAUUGACAGUGCAAGAACUUUCCUCGAUGAUACGCCAUGGUCUGAAGCCGAUCAUUUUUGUGUUGAACAACGACGGAUAUACCAUCGAGCGCUUCCUACACGGAAAAGAACGCAAGUACAAUGACAUUGCGCCGUGGAAGUGGACCGGGCUGCUUGGGGUCCUGGGUGAUGCGGAUGGCACCAAGUCCAAGUCGUAUACCGUCCACAACAAGGCAGAGUUGAGCGCCCUGCUGGACAACAACGAGUUUGCGGCGGCAGACAAGAUCCAGUUGGUAGAGGUGAUGAUGCCCCGACUAGACGCCCCCAGCGCGCUGGAACGGCAAGCCGAGUUGUCGGGGAAAACGAAUGCUUAUGUCGCGGCAUGA